CUUUUGUCCUUCAUCAAUCCGACAACUCCUCGGCCGUCCCUCCACAAUUCCACUCUCCAUGUCCACAACAAACAAAGGGGUAGAAAAGUAAUUUCACCUUCCCAACAGAUCAAUCAUCACCGUUGGAUCAUUCCCAUCCCUCUGUAUAAAUAACCACCUCCACCCUCUUCCCUCCGAUUCACACCCCUCCGAGGAAAGAGCUUAUCAAGUCCGUGGCAGUUAUUAAAAAAAGCCCAUUUCCAUUUUUGCCAUCGGACACUAACUUCUCCCCUAGGCAAAAUGAGAGAGAUUCUUCAUAUUCAAGGAGGGCAAUGUGGGAAUCAAAUUGGAUCAAAGUUCUGGGAGGUGGUUUGUGAUGAGCAUGGCAUAGAUCCCACCGGCCGGUACACCGGGAAUUCUGAUCUUCAGCUGGAAAGAGUGAAUGUGUAUUUCAAUGAAGUCAAUAAUGGAAGGUAUGUGCCGAGAGCGGUUCUCAUGGACCUUGAACCCGGCACCAUGGACAGCGUCCGGACCGGACCGUACGGUCAGAUUUUCCGGCCCGACAACUUCGUGUUCGGGCAGUCCGGUGCCGGAAACAACUGGGCUAAAGGGCAUUACACUGAAGGUGCAGAGCUUAUUGAUUCGGUUUUGGAUGUUGUGAGGAAGGAAGCAGAGAACUGUGAUUGCUUGCAAGGAUUUCAAGUAUGUCAUUCACUUGGAGGUGGAACUGGGUCGGGAAUGGGAACUCUACUGAUUUCAAAGAUUAGAGAAGAAUUCCCAGAUAGAAUGAUGAUGACUUUCUCAGUUUUUCCAUCUCCAAAGGUUUCUGAUACAGUUGUUGAGCCUUACAAUGCAACACUCUCUGUUCAUCAACUGGUUGAGAAUGCUGACGAAUGCAUGGUCCUUGACAAUGAAGCUCUUUACGAUAUCUGCUUCAGAACUCUCAAGCUCACCACCCCUAGCUUUGGGGAUUUGAACCAUCUCAUUUCUGCAACAAUGAGUGGAGUUACUUGCUGCUUAAGAUUUCCCGGCCAGCUCAACUCUGAUCUUCGAAAACUUGCCGUGAACUUAAUCCCUUUCCCAAGGCUUCACUUCUUCAUGGUGGGUUUUGCUCCAUUGACAUCAAGAGGAUCACAGCAAUACCGUUCUCUCAGUGUCCCUGAACUCACACAGCAAAUGUGGGACGCCAAGAACAUGAUGUGUGCUGCCGAUCCUCGCCAUGGACGAUAUCUCACUGCUUCAGCAAUGUUCAGAGGCAAAAUGAGCACUAAAGAAGUAGACGAGCAGAUGAUCAAUGUGCAGAACAGAAACUCAUCCUACUUCGUUGAGUGGAUCCCAAACAAUGUGAAAUCAAGUGUUUGUGAUAUUCCUCCAAGAGGGCUUUCAAUGGCUUCCACUUUCGUUGGGAAUUCGACAUCCAUACAGGAAAUGUUCAGAAGGGUGAGUGAGCAAUUCACUGCUAUGUUUAGGAGGAAAGCUUUCUUGCAUUGGUAUACUGGUGAAGGAAUGGAUGAGAUGGAGUUUACUGAGGCAGAAAGCAAUAUGAAUGAUCUUGUUGCGGAGUAUCAGCAAUAUCAGGAUGCUACUGUGGAAGAAGAUGUUGAAUACGAAGAAGAUGAUGGUGGUGAUGUCGUUGAAAACUGAAGGUGUUCUUCUUCUUUGCUGUUUCGUGUGAUUCGAUCAGUAAUUAACCAAUAAACUUUUUGCUUUCCGGUUAAGUGCUUUUAUAUAUAUUUAUAUAUAUGAUAUUAUAUAUUUAUAUAUAUAUAUAUAUAUUAAUGUCAUAUUGGGAAUUGUAUGAAAGAAAAAUGAUAUGUAUCUCUCUAUUGGAGAUAUUUUCAUUAUCGAAUUUAGAAUUUUUAUAUUCGAACUAGA